AUGCUUUCUCCAAAUAUCUCAAAGGAUUUGACUGAUUGCUCUGUGUUUAGAAACAGAUCCUGUCCUGAGAACUUUAGGUCAGCAGGAACACGAGGGAUAAUGUAUUUAUUCAUAACAGCAGUCUUCAUUCUUACCAUCUUCGGGAAUCUGGCCAUAAUCAUUUCCAUCUCGUAUUUCAAGCAGCUGCACUCUCCAGCCAAUUUCCUCAUUUUAUCCAUGGCUGUAACAGAUUUUCUGCUGGGCUUUGCCAUUAUGCCCUACAGCAUGGUGAGGUCUGUAGAGAACUGCUGGGUUAUGGGGAUUAUAUUCUGCAAGGUUCAUGACAGUUUUGAUUUGAUGCUCAGUUUAGCUUCCAUUUUCCAUCUCUGUUCCAUUGCCCUGGAUCGGUUUCACGCAAUCUGCCGCCCUCUGCACUACCCCAGCACCGUGACUGUCGCGGCUGUAAAACGAAUCGUGGCCGUGUGCUGGUCAGUGCCCGCUGCUUUUGCUUUUGGUGUGGUUUUCUCAGAAGCUUAUGCUCCUGGAAUUGGGGGCUAUGAAAUGCUGAUUAAAUGCUUGGGCUUGUGCUCGAUUGUGUUCAACCAACUGUGGGGGGCUUUUUUAUUUACAGUCGGUUUAUUUGUUCCUGCUUGCAUUAUGAUAGGGAUUUUUACAGUCUCCUGGGCACACAGGCUCUCAAAAAAUAAUAAGAAACAUGAGCUUUCUAAGAAAAAAGACAGAAAAGCUACUAAGACUUUGAGUAUUGUUAUGCUGGGUUUCUUAAUAUGUUGGUUUCCUUGGUUUUUUGCAAUCUUAAUUGAUCCAUUUUUAAAUUUUUCCUUUCUUUUACCUCUGUUCGAUUCUCUAAAUUGGCUUGGAUAUCUAAAUUCUCUCUGCAAUCCAUUAAUAUAUGGAUUUUUCUAUCCAUGGUUUCAGAAAGCAUUUAAAUAUAUCUUAACAGGCAAAAUAUUUAAUCCAUAUUUUUGUACAAUAAAAACUUUGCCUAAAGAUCAGUCACAGUAA